AUGAGACGUGAUACUGUCUUUGUGCAGAACGACGAAUUCGAUCUUAGGUCAGACUCUGGGAAUAGUUCAAAUGGUGACGAAAUACCGAUGGAAAUGGAUCUUACGGCGGCUGGUCCACCAUUAUCAGAUGAUGAGUCAGUCACCGAGCAGUCCGGUGCGCAAGCUAAAACGAUUAUGUAUGCUCGAAUGAUAUUACCUCAUGUUGGUCUUGUCGUGUUACUUAUUGUAUAUCUUUUGCUUGGCGCUAUAGUGUUUCGUUAUCUAGAAGCGCCAAAUGAAGUCGAAACUCGCGACCGCGAACUGAGGGCAAUUUUUGGCUUACGAAAGGAUUUCCAUGAUAUGGUUUGGAAUUUAACAGUCAGCGGGGAUAGUUUUUUUACACGCGAGUCAUUGGAUUUACUUGGAGAGCAAUAUUUCGAAUCACUGGUACUUGCGAUGUUCGAAGCAUACCGGAAUCAGUUUAUCAAUGAGAAUCAUUUACUAAAUAAAACGAACGGUGACGCCAUGCUAUGGACAUAUGCGAAUAGUAUUUUUUUCGCCACAACUGUUAUUACCACCAUUGGAUAUGGUAACUUAGUACCAGCAACACAAUUUGGUCGUAUCGCGUGCAUAUGUUUCGCUUUGUUUGGUAUUCCCCUGCUUUUGGUCACAAUAGCAGACAUAGGCAAAUUUUUGUCCGAUUUUUUGAGUUUUCUCUACCGAACCUAUCGAACUUUCAAACGCAAGGUAUGUAAACAAUCACGACGUAUAUCACAUCAUUAUCGGGAUCGGAGCUCUUCUGCACAGAGUGGUUCUGUAUCAACGAAAGCUGGAAGCAUGAAUUUGAAUAGCAUCGACAGUGAUUCAGAAUCGAGUUGUGAGGAUGAAUUACGUAUUCCGGUUGUAAUGGUACUAUUUGUAUUAGUUGCUUAUACAGCAAUAGGUGGCUUACUGUUUCGAGCAUGGGAGGGAUGGCAAUAUUUCGAUGCCUUCUACUUCUGCUUCAUUACGAUGGCCACUGUUGGUUUCGGUGACAUUGUGCCAACUGAGCAAAUGUAUAUGUUUUUUACGAUGGCUUAUAUUAUCUUCGGCUUGGCUUUGGCUACAAUGUGCAUUGACCUUGCUGGUACUGAAUACAUCAGAAAAAUCCAUUACUUAGGCACAAAAAUGGAAGGUGCAAAAGGAGCUGUAAUGACAGGUUUGCAAGCUGGUGAACAUUUACUGAAACAUACUGGUAUUGAAGUUAUUAGAACAGCUGGUGGUAAACUGGUCCAAGUUCGUGGCGCAGUGCUGAACCAGAAGCAGGCUCGAGAACUGGGUGUCGAUUACAUAUUAACCGAUUUGCACUAUCAACAGAAGAAUAUACUCUAUGAACCACUGAGCCCAACAGUGCAGCGUUUAGUAAAGAGCAGUAAUAUCAAAAUACUACCUGGUGACAUUACGGAGAAAGAUGGAUAUAUUAUGCAAAACAAGAGUUAUGAUAAACCGGGAGGAAAGUAUUAUCGUAUGUUUCAUCGACGUAGGAACUGUAUUCACCGUCUGUUGGUACCAUCAACUAGUGAUGUCGCUGCCAUUGUACCUAUAUUAUUGAAAGAAACUAAUGUUUGA